GUACUGAUAAGUUAUAUAGAGACUGCUGGAAGCACUAUGACUCGACAGAAGGCUCUCAAAGAGCAGUACCUAUUCACUUGUACAUGUCCUCGCUGUUCUAAAGCGGGUCAAUAUGAUGAUAUCCAAGAAAGUGCAGUUCUAGAAGGAUACAGAUGCAAAAGUGAAAAAUGUGGUGGUUUCUUGCUUCGUACAACUGAUGGGAAAGGAUUCCAAUGCCAAGGUUGUGGACUCGUUAGGGACAAGGAGGAGAUAAAGAGAAUUGCAACUGAAAUUAAAUUGCUAUCUGAAGAAGCUGCUUCUAUACCCUCUACCACUUUCAAUUAUGAAGAAGCUAUUUUCAUAAAUAAAAGGAUUGAGAAACUGCAAACAGAACUCUAUGAUCCUUUCUCAAUCAACUUGAUGCAAACUAGAGAGAAGAUUUUGAAGUCAUUAAUGGAGCUGGAACACUGGACAGAAGCUCUAGCAUAUUGCAGAUUGACCAUACCAUUCUAUCAAA